AUGGACCCCUUACCCCAUGCCGCGAUCGUCUUCCUCAUAAUCCUCGGCGUCGCAAUCGCGGUAGCAAUCAGCUAUGGCAUCUGGUCCCUCAUCCACGGCCGCGACCCCGAAGACUCCCUCGAACCGACACAAGACCAAGCAGUCUACAUGCGGGAAGUCCGGCUCCGAAACCACGACUGGAUGGCCCAGACCUAUGGGUACCGGUACGAGCGUGGCGUGCCGGCGCAGGGACUGGCGUAUCAAUCGAGUGGGCGGAGUUCGAAGGGGAGUUAUGUCUGA